GCGGUCAGUCAGUCGGCGCCGAGCCCCGCAGAUCUCAGCCGGAGUGCAACGAACUACAGUUUAACGACCGGAAAACAGGCAAAGUCGGUUUUGGGUUGUGCUGGGUUUUUUUUUUUGCCUUCUUGUUUUUCCCAGAAUUAAGGAGCGAAGAGAAAAAUUCCGAACGAUCGGUUCGGACUUGAUGUGAAAGAAGGUCCCGCUUUUGCAGAGACCAGUGGAAUAUGAUUUGAACCAAGGGGACUGGCUACACUGUUGCUCGCUAACAGGAUGCAUCUCGGUUCGCUUCAUGCCGUCAUGCUGCUGUGGGCCCUGUGCUCCAGUACGCAGGAACAGUGUGAUAAAUCAUCAGACAUCAACAAACUCAACCUCUCGGUCACCUACGAGCUCCCGACAUUCACUGCGGACUUCCCCAUCCAGAACAUGGUGACCCUGGAUGGGAUCAUCUAUGUCGGGGCCGUGAACCGAAUCUACGCCCUGGCCCCAAACCUCACGAAGCUCUCGGAGUACCACACGGGGCCACUGCUUGCCAAUGAGACAUGCGGCCAGAGGCUGACAAGGACGGGGGGCAACGGCAGGGUGGACAACCACAACAUUGCCUUGGUGGUGGAGAACAUUUACGACAAGGGGCUGUACAGCUGCGGCUCAGCAGACAAUGGUGUUUGCCGCCGUCACGUCCUGGAUGAUGACAUUAGCCCGAAAACUGUAGACGAACAGGUCUACUGCUUCGCCGACAAGGUGGGGCAAGGCAAGGGUCAACCCAGCGACUCGGAUGUUGUGGUCAGCCCCUCGGGCUCUCAGGUGCUCAAUGUGGAGAGCAACGUCAUCAAGUUUUUUGUCGGGAACUCUGAGAUCCCCGGCUUAGAAAACGUAUCGGGCAGUGCAGCGCAUCCCCACACCAUUUCUCUGCGGAAGAUGAAGACGAGCCAAAACGGCUUCACUUUCUUCUCCAACCACUCGUACAUGGACCUGAUUCCAUCUCUCCGUGGAAACUACUACCUGCGCUACAUCUACUCGUUCCACAGUGGACCUUUCACCUACUUCCUCACCGUGCAGCGGGUCAGCAGGGACUCUCAGGCCUACCACACCCGCAUCGUUCGCAUGUGCUCCUCAGACCUGGUGAUCCGCCGCUAUGUGGAGAUGCCCCUCGAAUGCAUCAGCACUGAUAAGAGGCGGCGACGUUCCACGGAAGAUGUGAAGGUGUUCAACAUCCUGCAGGCGGCACACGUCACCAAGGUGGGCAACGAUGUUGAACUGCAGAAGCAGCUGAAGGUGGAAGAGGGCGAUGAUGUGCUGUUCGCUGCCUUCGCGCGGGGAAAGCGGAAUUCUCCAGAGCCGACCGCAAACUCGGCCGUCUGCAUCAUGUCACUGAAGCACAUCAACAAGAUGUUCAAGAUGUACAUGCAGAGGUGCAACACAGUAGACCCGUAUCACUUCACUGGAUCAGACAAGAAGUCCUGCUACAAUGUGAGCUCCUCCGACGACUGUGACCCACAUGAGGGAAUCCACCAAGGGAAAGAGGGCAAGUACCGCCUGCAGGUGACACAGUUUGUCCAAAGGUUGGAGUACUGGCACAAAGAGCUGACAAACACCUUGGUGACCACUAUCACUGUGCUACCAGUCCAUGGCCGCGCAGUGGCCUACCUGGGCACCGCCGAUGGACGCCACAUACAGGUGCUGUUCUCCCGAUUUGCCUCUCCUCAUGCCGACAUCCGCCUGGACUCGAGACCCGUCUCCUCCAGUGUGGUACUGCUUGACGACAGCCACUCAGAGGGAGCCCUGCUAAUGGCCACGGGAAACAAGAUCACCAAGGUCCCUCUGAUUGGCCCCGGCUGUGGUCAGCUGACCACCUGUACUUCCUGUUUGCUGUCGUCACGGGUGACUGACUGUGGCUGGUGUGAUGGACGCUGCACCAGAGCCAACCAGUGUCCCUCCUCCGUCUGGACACAGCACUACUGUACACCUGUCAUUACUAAGGUUUUCCCCACCUCCGGGCCAAUACGAGGCUCUACGACGGUGACAAUUUGCGGGCGCAACUUCGGCUUCGACAAGACGGAGAGCUUCAAGGCCUCCCUGGUGACUGUGGAGGUGGCGGGAGCUCCCUGCAAACUGCCCAGACAAGACAACGUAAACAGGUGGACUGAGAUACAUUGCUCCCCAGUGUUCAGUGGGAACUUCACCCCAUCGGGCAGCACAGUGAAGGUCACCACUGGCAACAAGGUAGCAAAGAUGGAGGCCUUCACCUUUGUGGAACCGGUGAUCGACGAAAUCUUCCCAACAUUUGGGCCCAAAUCCGGAAACACCAUGCUGACCAUCAGAGGAGCCUUCCUGGAUACUGGGAACAGGCGAGAGGUGACUGUUGGGAAAGCAGCCUGUACAAUCAAGAGCUCGUCGUCUACCAUGCUGACCUGCAAAACACCUCAUACUGUUGUUCCCUCCGAGCAACCCGUGAAGCUGACGGUGGAUUCAGUGGAGCUCCACGCCCCCAUGCUGUUCACCUACAACCUAGACCCCAUCAUACAAAGCAUCCAGCCCUCACGCUCCUUUGUCAGCGGAGGCUGCACAGUGUCGGCUCACGGCUCCUUCCUCCAGUCCGGCCUCCAGCCCCAGAUGGUCCUCAAAACCAGUCAGGAUGCUGGGGUCUUCCAUGUGAGCUGUGUGUAUGGUGAGAACAGGACGUCCAUCCAGUGCACCACACCCUCUCUGGCUAAACUGGCCCUGCAGCCGCCGGUCGUCACCAAGGUGGAGUUUGUUCUGGACGGCUACUCCACGAGUCAGUGGGACCUGAUCUACGUGGAGGACCCCCUUUUCCAGGACCCCAAGCUCACCUCAAAGGACAACAAGAGCAUUGUAGAGCUCAAGGGUGACCGGAUGGACAGGGAGGCGAUGAAGUGUCAGGUUCUGACUGUUUCCAAUCACAGCUGUGAGAGUCUGACUCUGGUUGGAAACACUCUGGAGUGUACCGUGCCCACCGAGCUGCAGGCCACCACCGCCAAGGUGCUGCAGGUGGAGUGGCGCCAGGCGGACUCUAUCAGGCAUCUGGGCAAGGUGACACUGGCGCAGGAGCAGGACUACACGGGCCUCGUCGUGGGCUGCGUGUGUGUCAGCGUGCUGCUGCUGAUGCUGGGAACGCUGCUGAUGUGGAGGAGGAACAAGCACAUCGACGAUCUGUCUGAGGUGUGGUAUGAUGACCGGGGUCACAUCCAGCAUCUGGACAGGCUGGCUAACGCGAGGAGCGUCAGCCCCACUAAUGAAAUGGUCUCCCACGAGUCAGUCGACUAUAGAACAACCCUGCUGGAGGAUCAGGGCACCGACCGGCCCGAGACAUGCCGGGCGGCUCCUCCCAUCUACGGAGGCAACGGGGAGCUGCUCUCUCCCAGACUGGGGUCACUGGCCGGAGGAAUGGGGAUGGGUCUUAGGAUGGAGGGCGAGCUGGUGUCACCCCUGCUGAUGGCCCCGGUCCACAUAGAUCCAUCCUGUCUCCACCCAGACCUGCUGACUGAGGUGCAGCACGUGGUGAUCGCCAGGGAGCAGCUGCUGCUUCACCUCAACCAAGUCAUUGGCAGAGGUCACUUUGGUUGCGUUUUCCAUGGAACUCUGCUGGAGCCAGACGGGCAGAAGCAACACUGCGCCGUCAAGUCCCUGAACCGCAUCACAGAUCUGGAAGAGGUGUCCCAGUUCCUGAAGGAGGGGAUUAUCAUGAAGGACUUCAGCCACCCCAACGUCCUCUCUCUGCUGGGAAUCUGCCUGCCACCCGAGGGCUCGCCACUAGUGGUUCUGCCCUACAUGAAGCACGGCGACCUGCGCAACUUCAUCCGCGACGAGUCACACAACCCGACUGUGAAAGACCUGAUGGGCUUCGGGCUGCAGGUGGCCCGAGGGAUGGAGUAUCUGGCCAGCAAGAAGUUCGUCCACCGAGACCUCGCCGCCAGGAACUGCAUGUUGGAUGAGAGCUUCACGGUGAAGGUGGCAGACUUUGGCUUGGCCAGAGAUGUUUAUGAUAAAGAGUAUUACAGCGUCCACAACAAGAGCGGAGUCAAGCUGCCCGUCAAAUGGAUGGCUUUGGAGAGUCUGCAGACACACAAGUUCACCACCAAGUCAGACGUGUGGUCGUUUGGCGUGUUGCUGUGGGAACUGAUGACCCGCGGAGCCCCGCCAUACUCCGAUGUGAACUCCUUCGACAUCACCGUGUUCCUCCUGCAGGGGAGGAGGCUGCUGCAGCCCGAGUUCUGCCCUGACGCCCUCUACACAGUGAUGAUCGAGUGCUGGCAUCCAAAGCCGGAGCGCCGGCCCUCUUUCACCGAGCUGGUGUCGCGCAUCAGCGCCAUCUUCUCCAGCUUCAGCGGGGAGCACUACGUCCUGCUCAACACCACCUACGUCAACAUCGAGAAGAUGAGUCCUUACCCCUCCCUCCUCGCCCACUCCUCCACCAAUCCCGCGUCCCCCUCCUCGUCCUCCUCCUCCUCCUCCUCCGACCCCUCCACCUCCACGUCCCUGCCUUCCCAGUCCCCCUUCUUUUGCCACGUGGAGCGAGAUUGCUGCACCUGAGAAGAGGAAAACGGAGGGGGGGGGGGGAAUGGCAUCCUCAGAUAUGGAGGAAACGAUCAAGGAAGAAAGCAGUGAGGUGAUGAAGAACUACUGUAUGUACUUGCCAAACACUGGACACCGUAUGCUGAGGAAAAACACAGAGCUCUGACUGUUGACUCAAUGUACAUAGAUCCUCGACCUUUGACCUUCUCAGCCUCCGCGAACUACGGGGCUGACCUUAUCGCCUUCUGUCAACCUUUCUGAGUGGCUGGAGGUCGGCCUUCCCGCGUCUUCUACAGGACAAUUACAAGUCACGGGAACGCCUCCUCGGAGAUUUCCAGCGGACGAAGCCACUGUCACAGGAGCACAACGCUAUUCGUCAAACACCCCCCAAAAAAAAAAAAACAAAUAAAAAAACCCCCCGCUGACUGCUGUGCCCACACGGGGAGAGAGGAUAGAUUUGAGGAUUCUGCUCUCGUCUGGGUGGUGUGUGCUUCCAUCCGCGGAUGUGGUAACGUGAAUGUUCGACAAAUGGCCGUGUAUUGUGUCGCAUAGAAAGAAAAAAAAAAAAAAAAAAAAUUCCACGCCUCCCCACGCUAUAAAUUAGACCGUACGCCUCCCUCAUACGCCCGAGAGACAAUGGAGCCCGCUGCGAUAGAUUUUCCGCCUUGGGUGAGUAAACCAAGGCGCGCUGGAGAUCGACAACGGCAGGUAACGGGAAAUGGCAGAGUGUAGGUGUAAGGUGGGAUGUGUUUUUUAAAAGAAACCACAAAAAAAAACAAAAAAAAAAACCAACUGCUGCCAGCUUGCAGUUCACUGGAUGCUUUAUUUGUAUAAUUAUCUUUGGAAAAUUAGCUUUCAAUGUGCUUGGUUUAAGAAAAAAAGAAGAAAAAAAAGCAAAACGUUGCGGUCUCACCGUGACUCACCUGUGUGGGAUCCCCAGAUGUUUCUGAGUGACGCACCUUUUAUUUUCCUUUAUAUUGUUUUUGUUUUUGAACCUGAAACGUCCCGUCAUGUCAAAACACUACAACUCUUGACAGCAUGAACGCGCUUGAAAGCUUUGAGGUUUUCUUGGCAGGAAGAAGGAGAAGACAUGAGAAUCAUGUUCUGGGUUUUUUUUUUUUUUUUUUUGGCUUUUUUUUCGGGGGGGGGGUUUGUUUUGUCUUGUUUGUUUGUUGAUGAACCGUCUAAGUUGCUUACUGUUCGUCAGAUCUGUGUGCGUUUGGUAUAACUUACAUGUGACUGGCAGAGAACGGGCUCUCCCUGACAAAACGAUGAAUACAGUUUGCAGCCAGAGGGGUUUUUUUUUUAACUGGCGUUUGCUGCGUUUAACCUAAGAGCCGUUUUAUCUUCAGCGUUCUAUCAAUUAAAUCACUUUUCUGCCCCCUAAAGAGCUUCAAGUGAAACUUUGACCUGUUCAUAUGGCUUCAAACCAGGAGUGUGUUAUGAUGCAACUAUCGGUGACGGCCUUAUAUCACUGUAUCCUUCUGAUAACUGCCCAUUAAGUCAUUAUGAAGAAAUAUUUUAAUGUUAAAGACUAUACCAGGGUGUUUGCAGAAUUUAGUUUCUUAACUACAGAUUGUAUACAAUUUAAACUUUUGUUGACCAUUUUCUAAAGCAUGUCAGAGUUUUAGAUUUUUGGAUUUUUUUUUUUUCUUUCUACCCUUUCAGGCAGCCAUUGACUUCCAUUCAUUUUAGUACAAUACAAAACUGUUUAACAGAUUCUUGAAGCUCUCUCGAGUCGUGUAAUCCAUCAUCUGUCUCUUUGCGUUGUCCGUGUUGUGUUUUAAUGCCGUUCAAGUGCAGUUUUUUGUGAGCACAGCAACAUAAUGUAACAUGGGGUUGUGCCAAUUCGUGAUCAUAUGGGUUAUCGGCCAUUGAAGAGACAGCCGCCAAUGGCUAUCGUUCCUCCUGAUAUUAAGAAAAUUUAUUUUAGGGGCAGGUGGGACAAACUUUCUUCAUGAAUUGUAUGAAAAUCUUUAAUCAGUCUUGCUGCAGUGAUCCACUAAUAAUUUACUGAAUUUGUGUUUAGUAAAUUCUAAUCAUGUAUAAACUACCUACAUAAUUAAUGUGAAACGAAUCUGAUGGAUUACACAAUUCAAGCAAGUUUUAAGAAAUCUGCUGAAAGUUUUCAUUCUCACACAGAAAAUAAUGCAAACUAACGGUCGCCUGGAAUGAUGGAACAGAAUACAUCCGAUUUUCUAAAAGGCAGCAGCCUGAUGUAAAGAGUUGUUAACUGUGACGUAAUGUAAACAUACUUUGUGGUAAAUGGGCUAAAAUUGCAAAAUACUGUUGUGGUUUCUUCUUUGCUUUUUGUAUCAGAUAAUGUUUUUGUUUUUUGUUUUUGUUUUUGAA